UACACAGCACAGCACAAUUAAAUAUGUCGUCGGAAAAGCCCACAACAUCAAAGGAGUCGUUUGAUGUAUUCUAUGAAGAAGUUAAAGAAAUUGAAAAACGUGAUUCCGUUUUAACAUCUUCUCAACAAAUUGAUCGUUUACUUCGUCCAGGUUCGACAUACUUCAAUCUCAACCCCUUCGAAGUGCUGCAAAUUGAACCGGAGGUACCAAUUGAUCAGAUUAAGAAGCGUUACCGUCAACUAUCAAUACUCGUGCAUCCGGACAAGAAUCAAGAUGACAAAGAGAGGGCACAAAAGGCAUUCGAAAUCAUCAAUCGGGCAUGGAAAAUACUAGAGAAUGAAGUUACCCGCAAAAAAUGUUUGGAUGUCUAUGAGGAGGCUAAGGAACGAACCGAUCAUAUGAUUGCUGAGAAACGCAAAAAAAUCAAAAAAGAAAAUCGCUUCGAGACAAUACCAGAAGAUGAUCCCGCCAAAUACAAACAUGCCAUUUACGUUAUGGUUAUGAAAUUAUUUGCCGAUAUGGAGCGUAGGCGACAACAAUUGGAUCAACGUGAUCAGGAAGAACGCAAACGUAAGCGUGAAGCCGAAAUCGAAGAGGAAGAACGGAUAAAAGCCGAUCGAGAAUGGCAGAAAAAUUUCGAAGAGUCCCGCCAGAGUCGUGUAAAUAGUUGGCAUGAUUUUCAAGCGGGUAAAUCGAAAAAAGCUAAAAAACAAAAGCGUAUGCAGGGUCUGAUGGUACCACCGAAAUUUAAGCCCGAGUCACGAUAA